UCCAAUCCAGGAUCCUCUGCUGAUAUCUUCUAUAUAAGAGAAUUCUCCUGGAUGACCCAUCAACCAUGGAGAGAGACAGGAACAAGAUGGCCGACAGGAUCAUAAACCUCACCCUACAGAUACUCUUCCGGCUUACUGGAGAGGAUUACACAGUAGUGAAGAAGUCCUCUAGUGGGCGCUGUCGGGCCCCUGUGUGUGAAGGAUGGGGAAUAACCCUGAGUCCAAUCCCGGGGGCCCCACCUCACUCCCUGAUACAUGAGGAAAUGGAUGAACAGAAGAUCCGAGAACUCAUCAACAAGAUGAUGGAGCUGCUGACUGGAGAGGUUCCUAUAAGGUGUCAGGACGUGGCGGUCUAUUUCUCCAUGGAGGAGUGGGAGUAUGUAGAAGGACACAAGGAUCAGUACAAGGAUCAGGUGAUGAUGGAGGAUCAGCAGCCCCUCACAUCAGCAGUCAGAUCCAGUAAGAGAACAGCACCAGAGAGGUGUCCCCGUCCUCUUCUCCCACAGGAUGAUCAGGGUGAAGAUCCGAACAAUAUUAAUGCUCGAGAGACAGAUGUGAGCGGUGAUGAGCAGUAUAAGGAGAACAUUCCUACAGGGAAAGAUCUGAUCUGCAUUAAUGCUACAGACAUAAAGGAAGAAAGAGAAGAGACAGAUGUGAGCAGUGAUGAGCAGUAUAAGGAGAACAUUCCUACAGAGAAAGAUCUCAUCUAUAUUAACGGUACAGACAUGAAGGAAGAAGAAAAGACAGAUAUAAGCAGCAGUGAGCAGUAUAAGGAGGACAUUCCUAUAGGGAACGAUCUGAUCUAUUAUAAUAUUAGAGAUUUAAGGGAAAAAAAAGAAACAAAUGUGAGCGGUGAUGAGCAGUAUAUGGAGGACAAUCCUACAGGUAACCGCCCAGAUUCUUGUACCAGGAGAUCAGAGGAGAAUCUUAUAUCUUCAGAUUAUAAAGCAGAUGAUGAUAUCACACAAGAUACAUAUGAAGAACAUUCCAUUAUCCCAGAUACACCCUCAGCCCUUCACAGCCAAGAUCUGUCAUCUCAUCCUUAUAUACAGGUCCUGUCUUCUCAGUCAUCACAGAAAGGUCACAGAAGGGGUGUUGGACAUCAUCAAGCUCAUACAGGAAAGAAAACAUACUCAUGCUCAGAAUGUGGGAACUGUUUUACUUUUAAAACAGGUCUUGUUGUACAUCAGAGAACUCACAAAAGAGAGAAGCCGUUUUCAUGUUCAGGAUGUGGGAAAUGUUUUACUCAGCAAUCACAUCUUGUUACACAUCAAAGAACUCACACAGGAGAGAAGCCAUUUUCAUGUGCAGAAUGUGGGAAAUGUUUUGCUCAGCAAUCAGAUCUUAUUAAACAUCGGCGAACUCACACAGGGGAGAAGCCAUUUUCAUGCUCAGAAUGUAGAAAAUGUUUUACUCAGCAAUCACAUCUUGUUUCACAUCAAAGAACUCACACAGGAGAGAAGCCAUUUUCAUGUGCAGAAUGUGGGAAAUGUUUUGCUCAGCAAUCAGAUCUUAUUAAACAUCGGCGAACUCACACAGGGGAGAAGCCAUUUUCAUGUGCAGAGUGUGGGAAAUGUUUUACUCAGCAAUCAACUCUUGUUAAACAUCAAAGAACUCACACAGGGGAGAAGCCAUUUUCAUGUGCAGAGUGUGGGAAAUGUUUUGCUCAGCAAUCAGAUGUUGUUAAACAUCAAAGAACUCACACAGGGGUAAAGCCAUUUUCAUGUUCAGAAUGUGGGAAUUGUUUUACUGACAAAUCAAGUCUUGUUAGACAUCUAAGAAUUCACACAGGAGAGAAGCCAAUUCAGAGCAGUAAAUGAUGCAGAUAACACAUCUAUAUAUUAUCCAUGUACAUAGGAUAUCUGACAUUUAUACAUACAGUGAUCCCCCGACUUAUGAUGGCCCCGACAUAUGAUCAUUUCAACAUAUGAUGGCCUCUCAGAGCCCAUCGUAUGUUGAAGGCAGCCUCGACAUAUGAUGCUGCUGUGUGUCGGGUCCAUCGUACAAACAGCUAUCUGACAGCGCUGACAACUUCAGCAACUGACAGUUGUUUAAUGUGCCCCGUUCUGCCUCCUGUUACUCACAUG